AGAUGGAUCCAAUAUCUGCGGUUAGCGAAGAGCUGGCUGAGAUCGAAGGACAAAUCAACGACAUUUUCCGUGCUUUAUCAAAUGGAUUCCAGAAGCUGGAGAAGAUCAAAGAUGCUAAUAGGCAAAGUAGGCAGCUUGAAGAACUCACUGACAAAAUGCGUGACUGUAAGAGCCUUAUUAAAGAUUUCGAUAGGGAAGUUAAAAGCUUGGAAAACGGAAAUGACGCCAACACGAACAGGAUGUUGAACGAUAGACGACAGUCUAUGAUUGUUCAAGAGACUAUAAAUGUGGGAACAGAUACUUCAGCAGCUCUCAAGGCUCAGACGGAACAAAUGAGCAGAGUUGUCAAUGAACUCGAUUCCAUUCAUUUUUCACUCAAGAAAGCCUCUAAGCUGGUCAAGGAGAUUGGUAGGCAGGUUGCCACGGACAAAUGUAUUAUGGCAUUUCUUUUCCUUAUCGUCAUUGGUAUUGUGAGCCCAAACAACAAAGACAUCCGCGACAUACCAGGCCUAGCUCCACCAGCCAUGAACAGACGUUUGCUCUGGAACCGUUAU